AGUUGUUGUAGUUGUAGUGUAGUACAACGAUUUACCACCAGCCAGUCCCACCCAUCACUCGUCCUGCUCGAACAUACACAUAUACAAUACUACACCAUAUACUAUACGCUAUAAUCCAUAUAGCUCUAUUAUAGCCGAGUGCCCGAGUAUCAGAAAUCAGAAUCGACACUCGACUGCUCGUUUAUUUGGAAGAGGGCGGUCUCGAAAAAAAAUUUUAAAACCAUUCACCGUUUUUCAAUUCGGUUAAAAAUUCUUAGUUAAACAUGUUCCCGACACUCCGUUGUUGAGUGCAUCAAAUAAAAAAAAAAAACCUUAUUAUCGAAAUCAAUAUUCAAUUGACAUCGACAGUGAUGUCGUCGCUGAAAUGGUUUGGAGGCGAUUCCAAAGCAGCACUACAACAAAUGAUGGAUCGCAAUUGCGCGUUUUUGAUGUAUAUAGGAAAUGGAAAUGAUGAUCUUACCAAGAUUUUUGAUGAUACAAAUAUAAUUCAAUUGCUGAAUAAUGAACUCAUUUUAUGUUAUAAAAUGGAUCCACUAAGCCCAAGUUUUAAAAACUUCAAAGAUAUUUUCAAUAACGUGGUUAUUCCAUCAAUUUAUUUACUAGAAAAAAAUAAUACUCAACAAUAUAUCAUAAACAAAAAACAAGUCUUAACAAAUUCUCAUGAUAUUCAUCUGGAUUUAAAACGUCAAUUGUUGAAUGCUAUUUGUUGUAUUAUAAAAGAUAUUUCCGACACAAUCAAUGUCGAUGACAAUAAACAGAAAUAUUUACAAUACUUGACUGAUGUUUCUAAAAAGUUGCCGCUCUUUGAUAGUCCUAAUAUAAAUGCUGGUGUCCAAAAUGUCGCAGAAGAAAUUAAAAAAUCGAAUGGUAUUGCAAAAAUUAAAUUCAAAGUUCCGUAUAAAGAUAUUACAAUAGUUAAAGAAUUUCAAACAACUUCUACACUCAAUGAUAUUGCAACUUAUAUAUUAUGUCAAGUAAAUCUCUCAAGAAGAGGCAUAAAAUUUAUUGCUCAUCGACAAUUUACUGGUGAAGAUUUCAACCAAACAUUAGAAGCACUAAAUUUAUGUCCAUCAUCAACUAUUUAUGUACAUUUGGAUAUGGAACAAUCAAAUCAAUGGCUGUAUUCCAUACUCAAUUAUCAAUCUUGGCUUGGAAAUGUACUUAAUUUUAUCAUUAUAAAUCCAUUUAAUUUUAUUCAACAUUUUUUAAUAAGUCUUGUAAGACCAUCACCAUCUGUUGAAGCGCCAAGAACGAUUAAUCAUCAGAAUAAAAAUAAAAAACAAACUGUCAAAAAAACAACGUAUAAAGCAUCUAAUAUCCACCAAUUGAAUACCAACAACUCUGAUGAUGAUGAAAACAACACAUACAAUGGAAACUCUACACAACAAUUGUAACUUAAAUGUCUUGAAUAAAUAAUUCUUAUAUACAUAAUACACAUGUGUAUAAACAGUUAUACUUUUUUUUUUUAAACAGUUGUAAUAAAUUUUUUUUAAACAUUA